AUGCGAGGAGCCACGAUAACUUCCUGUCCCCGCCCGGAGCUCACCACAGCUUCCUGCUGCGGGCGGGCAGGCGCUGAGUGUAGGAGAAGAGGGGAUCGGGGAACAGAACCGUCAGGACCAGGGACCAGAUGGAGACCACCUCUCUGGGCCCUAGCCUCCUCUGGCUCCUCAUUCUACUGUUCCCAGCCCUGCUUGUCACUGCCCUGUGUUUGUGUUGCCGGGACCUCCCUGGCCCCAACUCUGAGGUCCCCCCCAAGUGACGGCUCAUAUCAGCCAGGCAGCGGAUUAGUCAUCCUCAAACGCCCCUACACUAAUACUUCGUGGCCAUCUACAGUAUCCUGCCAGCCAGAUCUGCUCCCUAUCCCGAGAUCUCCACAACAUCCAGGGUUGUCAAACCGGAUUACUUCUCGGAGAGACGCAGACACCCGCAGUGAGCCCAGCUACGAGAAUGAGGAACCUGAGGAUGCCGAUGAAGAAGAUGACUACCAUAAUGAAGGCUAUCUUGAGGUUCUACCGGAUGACUGCCCGAAUUCCAACUCUGCACCUCUGUCCAACUCAACACCUAACCUGGGUAGUCCCGGCCUUAGGGAUAGUCCAUCUUCCAUGGUGUGGGGAGAGGAUUAUGUGAAUGUCUCAGAGAGUACAGAGGUGUCUCUGGGUAAGUGACUAUCUGCCCCUGCCACUACCUCCUCCAUGUACUUCUCUCUUUCCUUCCCUAACCAACAGGACCCUUCCCCUCUCAGGGUGGAAUCCUUCCUCUCCUCCUUCCUUUUCUUUCU